CAUUCAUAUCCACUCACACAACACAUUAACACUCACAACUCAAAAACAUUCACCAUGUCAAUCAUUCCAAGCUUUUUCACCAGCAAAAGAAGCAACAUAUUCGACCCAUUCUCCCUAGACACAUGGGACCCGUUCCAAGGGAUCAUCUCCACCGAACCCGCGCGGGAAACCGCAGCGAUCGUGAACGCGAGAAUCGACUGGAAAGAGACGCCCGAGGCGCACGUGUUAAAAGCCGACUUACCCGGGAUGAAGAAGGAAGAGGUGAAGGUGGAAGUGGAAGACGGGAGGGUGUUGCAGAUAAGUGGAGAGAGGUGUAGAGAGCAGGAGGAGAAGGAUGACACGUGGCAUAGGGUUGAGAGGAGUAGUGGGAAGUUUAUUAGGCGGUUUCGGUUGCCGGAGAAUGCGAAGAUGGAUGAGGUGAAGGCGAUGAUGGAGAACGGUGUGUUGACGGUGGUUGUGCCUAAGGAGGAGGAGGAGAAGAAGCCGAUGGUGAAGGCUAUUGAUAUUUCUGGGUAGGUUUGUGUCAGGGGUAGGGGUGCUCCACUUUUCAUCAUUCACCGUGACGCCCCGACCCGCUUAUGUGAGGCUGGGAGCUUUGUUUUGCAUGUUGUAAUGAAAUAAACGUAAUAGGUUCGUGGUGUUUUGAGGUGGGGUUUGUAUGUAUGUAUUAUGUAUAUAUGUAUGUUUGCUUGAAUAAAAGGUUGUGUUAUAUUUGUAUCUAGAUUA